AUGACAGAGGCUCAGCCGAACUACCGGGGUAACCGGAAUCUCCAUUGCCUGCAGGGGUUGGAUUAUGUCUAUUGUCUGCGCGGACUUCAGCGGGUGCAGUUCUUUGACUAUGACCAGUGGCUUACCUGGCGCAAGAAGAAGGUAUCCAUCCGGGAUUCGGGCUUUGUGGAGUCAAUUCGUUCGGCGGUCCAGCAGGAGAAGCAGCUCGAACACUACGUUCGGUCGAGGCUCAGAAACCUCUCACCGUUGAUUCCUGGAUAUGAUCCUCCCGAGGAAGUCUGGAAGUGCCUUGAGGCGAUCGGUGUUGCUGUACUCGAGCCUGAGCCGGGCCGUGUUGCGGACGCUGAGGGUUCCGAGUCGGGUGAUGAGCUGGACAACUCGAGUUUGGAUCUUAACCCUGGUUCGUCCGAAGAGCCGAUGGUCUUGGAUUCGAGCUCAGAUUCAGAUUCAGACGAAUCCAUGUCCGACGAUACCGAAGUACCGGCGCAAGUUAAAGCCGAAGCAAGUUCCAAUAUUGACGACAAACGCUUGGCCGACGCAGCGGACGGACGGACGUCUGAAAUCAUCGAUCUGACUGAUGACGCAGCGGACGUACGGAUGUCUGGAAUCAAUGAUCUCACAGGUGACGGUGACUAUGGAAGCAUGAGGCGGUCAACGAGCGGCAGCGGCGGCGGGCGCCAUCGCGAACGGAACUCGAAUGAAGAGAGCUCCUUGUUCGUCGGAGAUGCAAUGGGUGGCAUCCAGUACGAUGACGCCAUCGACAGGGCGGGAUCGCCGCCCGCGUUUGGACGAGAGCGGCUUAUCGAGUCGAUUGAGAGCGAGGAAAGUGGGUUGUUCGUGAGCAAUGAGCCAGACACUAUCAUCGAUCUGACGAGCGACGGCAAUGAGCUGGGUUGA